AAAUUGAAGCUCUCUCCAAUGGCCACAACCAAAAUCCUCUCUCUCUACCACAUCUCCCUCCUAUCUCUCAUCGCGGCCGCCGCCGCCGCUUCCUUCUCUCCAACCGAUCACUUCCUCGUCAACUGCGGGUCCAGCGCUGCCCAGACCUUGGAUGCCGACCACCGAGUCUUCGCAGGCGACGACCCGCGCUUCCUCGCCUCGACCCAGACGCUCCAGCUCCAGAGCUUAGAUCCGCCUUCUCCGCUCUACCGCACCGCUCGAGCCUUCACCCACCCCGCGCAUUACGUCUUCCCCAUCAGAGAUCGCGGCGUUCAUCACCUCGUACGCCUCCAUUUCCACCCGCUUCGUGACAAUCGCUGUGACCUAAGCGAAGCUGAAUUCCACGUCAUCGCCAACGGAUUCCUGUUGCUGCGGAACUUCCGCCCCUCAACCGCCGCCAGUUCCGUGGUAAUCAAGGAAUUCGCCAUCCCGGUCGACUCCGGCGAGUUGAAAAUCACGUUUCUGCCCUCCGAUAAAUCCGGAUUCGCGUUUGUGAACGCGAUAGAGGUGAUAACCGCUCCGAUUGACCUAAUUGCUGACGUGGCGCAGCUCGUGGACGCCGAGAAAAACGAGAGGAUUCAUGGAUUGCUGAGAAACGGUUUCGAGACUGUGCAUAGGGUGAAUGUUGGGGGAUUCAAAGUGACGCCGUUUAACGAUUCCCUGUGGAGGACUUGGAUUACAGAUGAUGAGUUCUUCAAUUCGAUCGAGGGUUCCGAAACGGUUCACUUUGGGGGCAUAAUCAAGUACCGAAAGGGCGGGUUAAGCCGAGAAGUGGGGCCGGAUAAUGUGUACAACACAGCGAGGGUGAUUCGGAGCAAAGUUAGCUUGAUUCCAAAGGUGAAUUUGACAUGGUCGUUUCAAAUCGAGAAGGGUUACAGUCACAUGGUGCGUAUGCAUUUCUGUGAUAUAGCAAGUGUCUCCACAUACAUGUUGUAUUUCAAUGUGUAUGUGAAUGGCAACCUAGCAUAUGAGAAUCUGGAUUUGUCGCAAAGCACCGAUGCGAUCCUGGCCUCGCCGUUCUAUGCUGACUUCGUGGUGGAUGGGGGGAGCUUGGCUGUGAGCGUGGGGCCGUCGAACAUGAGCUGGCCGCGGGCAGUUGAUGCAAUUCUCAACGGGAUUGAGAUAUGGAAGCUGAAUAACACGAUGGGGAGCUUUGAUGGAGAGGUGUGUGCGGAUUCCGUGUGGAGGAGCUGGAGGACAGGGCACACUAGUGUUGUGCUUCCAUUGAUUGCUGCAAUAUUCUUGUUGCUAUCUGCAUCGGUGUUUCUGCAGAGGAGAAGGAAUGCCUCUGCUUCGACGGGAUGGGCUCGUUUGCCUGUUGAUGUGUCUGAAUCCAAUUUGAAGGGUGGCAAUCAAUUGUCAUCAAUCAAGUAAUAUGGGUUGUGUUUGCAGAGUGUGUGGAGUAACUGUUUCAUAUAUCAAGUAUAUGUGCCAAGCUUUAGGUGUUGUUGUUGUUGUGUUGGUUAAAACAUGUAGAAGAUUGUACUUCAAAUAGGUGCUAGUUUGAAUCUGCAACAUCUUGUUUUUUUUGUCUUAAUAUGUAUAUAUACUAUUUGGUGACUUCUUGCUUCACCCAACUGUUUGAAGAGUCUCUAGAUGUUGUGAAAUGCAAGUUAUUACAUA